AUGGCUCUACACUCUCUGCACCUCUCUCCUUCGCUACACUAUCAAACUACUACUACUACUACUCACUCAUGCCUUCUCGAAAAUCGUCGAUUGAAGACCCGAAUUACUUGCGCCAAGACCCGGCCCCGGAAAUUACCGGCUCUGGAUGGCGAUAAAUCGGAGUCCCAGGAACUGGUUCGGAACAUAGUGAGGAGUUUCAGUGAUAAGGAGCCUCUGGUGAAGACACUGAACAAGUAUGUGAGGAUUGUGAGGACAGAGCACUGUUUUCUUCUCUUUGAGGAGCUCGGCAAGCGGGACAAGUGGCUCCAGUGCCUGGAGGUGUUCAGAUGGAUGCAGAAACAACGAUGGUAUAUUGCAGAUAAUGGUGUGUAUUCGAAAUUAAUAUCGGUAAUGGGGAAGAAAGGCCAGACCCGGAUGGCAAUGUGGCUCUUCUCUGAGAUGCGUAAUAGUGGGUGUCGGCCUGAUACUUCUGUUUACAAUUCAGUCAUCACAGCCCACCUCCACUCCAAGGAUAAAGCUAAGGCUUUGGACAAAGCUCUAGGUUAUUUCAACAAGAUGAAAGGUAUGGAGAGAUGUAAACCCAAUAUUGUAACGUACAACAUUCUUUUGAGAGCUUUCGCUCAAGCACAAAAUGCGACUCAAGUUAAUGCUUUGUUCAAAGAUCUUGAGGAGAGCAUUAUUUCUCCUGAUAUCUAUACGUAUAAUGGUGUGAUGGAUGCAUAUGGUAAAAAUGGGAUGAUCCGAGAAAUGGAAUCUGUGCUUUCUCUUCUGAAAACUCAGCAGUGUAAGCCUGAUAUCAUUACCUUUAAUUUGUUGAUUGACUCAUAUGGGAGGAGGCAAGAAUUUGAAAAGAUGGAACAAGUAUUUAAGAGUUUAUUGCGCUCAAAGGAGAAGCCUACACUGCCUACGUUUCAUUCAAUGAUCAUCAAUUAUGGGAAAGCACGGCUUAAGGAGAAAGCACGGGAUGUUUUCAAAAAAAUGACUGAUAUGAAAUACAUGCCAAGCUUCGUCACAUACGAAUGUCUUAUCAUGAUGUAUGGAUUAUGUGAUUGUGUUUCUAGUGCUAGGGAAGUGUUUGAUGAGAUAGUUGAAUCAGGGAAGGAGGUCAAAGUAUCAACAUUGAAUGCUAUGCUUACUGUUUACUGCAACAAUGGUUUGCCCAUUGAGGCGAAUAUUCUUUUUGAGAAUACGCAGAACCUAAAGGUUCUUCCAGAUUCAUCGACCUACAAACUACUUUAUAAGGCCUACACCAAAGGCAACAUGAAAGACCUUUUACAGAAGUUGCUAAAGCAUAUGGACAAAGCUGGUGUUGUCCCUAAUAAGAGGUUCUUCCAGGACGCUUUGGGAGCUUUUGGUUCUUCUCGAGCAACUAAAAAUUCUGCCAGUGGCACAAAUAGUUCAAGCAGACUACAGUCUCGUGUAGGGACUAAGCUGGGAGUCAGUAGCUGAUGUGCUUGGCAUUCUUGUGGCCCUUUCUGGUUAAGCUGACAUUAUAGAGCAAAUCCCCUAUUGCAGACUGAUUGUUGGAAAAUUUAGAAUGAAUGUUUUGCAGACUGACAAUUCAAGAUACUGGAGCUUCUAUCAUGAGAAACUGAUUAGGAUGUUCAAGUUGGUAUCUCUUCCAAUCUAUUAGCGAAGAGCCGUGAGGUAUCCCCUGCAAUAUGGUGUAUUUAUUAAUCAUUGCUGCCUUUGUAAAAUGUAAAGAGUACUAGCUUGAAAUUCUUGACAUGUUGAUCAGGGGAGUAAAUUCACCAUCACUUUUCCUUUUGAAGAUAUUCUUAGCGAUCACAAAAUUUCUUUGAACUAGUCUUCCAAAUAUUGUAGUUAAAUAUGCAGAUAAGCAAUAAAGUUGCAUUGUUAAUUCACCA